GCGAGCGUGUGUGUGUGCGGUAAUUGUGUCCAUGCGCGAGACUACAGAGGAGGGAGGAGAGACCGAGAACGGGAGAAGGGCCGCCAUUAUUGGGAAUCUGAAAAAACACAUUAACGCGCACAUCCACACACGCUCCGCCACCGAAUUUCGCCUUCACGCUGGGAGAAGUCCCCUUUUUACCGCCCGGGACUCGCGCUGUUUCGCACAGACCGCGCGCCGAACUGCUUGAAAGGCGCGAUAAACAUGGACAACUCGAGAUGUUUUGGACACAACAAAGGAAAUUAUAAGUGCUCAAAAACAACGUGGUGAACCCAAGGGAAGACACAACGAUACAAAGCUGUUUUUCCCCCCUCUCUCUCUCUCUCUCUCCUUCAACGCCCCCCCCUCCUUUCCAACAAGAAACUGUGAUCUGAUAUUCCAGUCUGGUUUUUCCUCGAUGCUUUUUGUCUUUUGUGCCGCGUUUGGGAAGAGGACCGCGAAUCAGAUUGUUGAAAACUUUCAGAAUACGAUCAGUCACUGAAAGAAGAGAUUGCGUCGCGAUCGGACAGCCGCAGAAACGAAACGCCGAUGUUUAUGGGACUACUGCUGGACUAGUAUUAUUGUUAUUUCUCAUCUUGAUGAAUUUCCGAGCCGGUUACCGCUGCUGCAGAUAAAGGAGCGAAAGAGAAGAGAGAGGGAGGCAUGCUGUGGGUCAGAUCCAGGUUGGGAGAACCUGAAAACUACAGUAUUUCUGUGUCAGAGUGCCCCUGAAGAGAGGAGAUGGGCUGGAAUAAUACAACCUGCUGCACACCCGCCUAAGUCCACAGGGACUCCUAUUCCCCACCCUCAAACCCAUUCCCUUCUCCCCUUUCUAAACCUCUGCCAAAAUCGUGAAUAGCCAAAUGACUGUGGGUUUAAAAAUUGACAAUUAAAGGGAUUGUACAUACUGUCCCUGCAUGGAAAAAACCUAAAGUAACUUUCAGGAUCUUUAGAAAUAAAUAAUUUCCCAAGCCUGGACACAUUUGGAUGGAACAUCAGCCCAGCAGCUUUCAAACUAGAGCUUCUGGGAAUGGCAAAAUGAGUGCUGUCAUACGAUGAUGAUGGCAAAAAAACAAGAUGCCCGGGCACCAACCUACAACCUUGUUGUGGUAGGUUUGUCCGGGACUGAAAAGGAAAAGGGGCAAUGUGGAGUAGGCAAGUCAUGCCUUUGUAAUCGCUUUGUUCGCCCCAGUGCUGAUGAUUUUUAUUUGGACCAUACAUCUGUUUUAAGCACAAGUGACUUUGGUGGUAGAGUGGUAAACAAUGACCACUUUCUGUUUUGGGGUGAGGCGGUACGAAUGUCGGAGGAGGGUGCUGAGUGCCGAAUGCACGUGGUGGAACAGACAGAGUUCAUUGAUGACCAAACGUUUCAGCCACAUCGAAGUACUGCCUUACAGCCCUAUAUCAAGCGGACAGCUUCUACCAAACUAGCCUCUGCUGAGAAGCUUAUGUAUUUCUGCACAGACCAGCUAGGACUAGAGCAAGACUUUGAGCAGAAGCAAAUGCCUGAAGGCAAGCUUUUAGUGGAUGGAUUCUUACUGUGUGUAGAUGUGAGCAGGGGAAUGAACCGAAAUUUUGAUGACCAGAUGAAGUUUAUCACCAAUCUCUAUAACCAACUAGCUAAAACCAAGAAGCCGGUUGUACUUGUGUUGACCAAGUGUGAUGAAGGAGUUGAGCGGUACAUCAAAGACUCUCACACCUUUGCCUUGACCAAGAAGAAUUUGCAAGUUGUUGAAACCUCAGCACGCUCUAACGUUAAUGUUGACCUUGCCUUUCUUACCUUGGUGCAGUUGAUCGAUAAGAGUAGAGGGAAGCCCAAGAUCAUUCCAUACUUUGAAGCGCUCAAGCAGCAGAGUCAGCAGAUAGCAUCUUCUAAGGAUCGCUAUGAGUGGCUGGUAAGCCGCAUUGUGAAGAACCAUAAUGAAACAUGGCCCAACAUCAACCGUAGAAUGCAGACAUCCCCUGAAUACAAAGAGUAUGUCUUCCUUGAGGGUACUUCUAAGGCCAAGAAACUAUUCCAGCAGCAUGUGCACAGGCUCAAACAAGAACAUAUAGAGAAGCGGCGUAAAAUCUAUCUCAGCACACUCCCACAGGCUCUCAAUUCCUUGGUACCAGACCUGGAAGAGAUUGAUCACCUGAGCUGGUCGGGAGUACAGAAAGUUCUUGAAACAAAGCGAGAAUUCUCCCACUGGUUUGUAGUGCUGGAUGACACACCUUGGGAAACCACAUCACACAUUGACAACAUGGAAGAUGAACGCAUUCCCCAAGAUCUUUUGGAAACCCCUGCAGCAGAGCAAAUCUAUGAGGAUCACUUACAACACCUGCGCAAUGAGCGAAAGCGUGCAGAAAUGCGAUGGGAGUUCAAAGACAAACUUGCGUCUUCACCAUUUGUUACACCUGGCAAACCCUGGGAAGAAGCUCGUAGCUUCAUCAUGAACGAGGAGUUCUAUCAGUGGCUGGAGGAGCUUGAGUACCUUGAUAUCUAUAACAAAUACCAGAAGAUAAUUAUUGACCAAGCCAAGGAGGACUUCCAAGAACUUUUACUGGAAUACUCAGAGUUGUUCUAUGAGCUUGAAGUUGAUGCUAAGCCCAGUAAAGAAAAAAUGGGAGCCAUCCAGGAGGUUCUUGGUGAGGAGCAGAGGUUCAAGUCCCUGCAAAAACUUCAAGCUGAGAGAGAUGCCCUAGUCCUCAAGCAUAUCCAUUUUGUCUACCAUCCUACUAAGGAAACCUGUCCUAGCAGUCCUCAUUGUGUGGAUGGGAAAAUUGAGCAACUCUUAGCUCUUCGUUUUCCCACUCGAUAUUGCUUUGAUGGGAGCUCAAAAUCACAAUUUGGUGAGGGGAAGGUAGACAGAAUUAAUCUUGUGAUCCUUGGAAAAGAUGGACUUGCAAGAGAAUUAGCUAAUGAGAUCAGAGCCCUGUGCACCAAUGACGAACGGUACGUGCUAGAUGGAAGGACUUAUGAACUGGCUCUUCGACCUAUAGAGGGAAAUGUACGCCUUCCAGUAAACUCCUUUCAUACCCCCACUUUUGCCCCACAUGGUUGCCUCUGCCUCUACAACUCAAAGGAGUCCCUAUCUUAUGUUGUUGACAGUAUUGAGAAAUUACGAGAGUCAACCAUAGGCCGAAGGGAUACCAAUCUAGUUCAGCUUCCCUUGUCUCUUUUGUUGGUAACCAAAAGAGGCGUUGGGUCAAUUUCUGACAUUGGAGGUGAAACGGCACAAAGCCUGAUCCAACAAGGUCAACAAGUGGCUGGCAAAUUUCAGUGCAGUUAUUUAGAGCCUGCUUCUCCAGGUGUGGGCUAUGGUCGCAAUGUAAAUGAGAAACAUUUAAACCAGAUACUCAAAGGUCUGUUAGACACUCGAAGACCCUCAGUUAGUCUUGGCAGUAGCUCCCCACCUUUGCUUCCUGCGUUUGCAGGUUUCAGAGACUCUCAACAGAGCACAGACGGUGACUUGCGAAUCGUAAUGUGUCUGAUGUGUGGAGAUACUUAUGAUGUUGACCAGCUUCUUUCACCAUUCUUGCUGCCCCAGCACUGUCGGCCCUCUUCUAAUCUGUCCAGUGGAACAUCAGUUUUGUUGGAUUUAUCAAUCGGUGGCCAAAGGCAAAGCAUUGAUCUCGCUGUUCUGUCUUACCACUCAUCUUUUUCCUUACGUAAAAGCAGAUUAGUGCAUGGUUACAUAGCAGUGUACUCAGCCAAACGGAAGGCGUCCAUGGAAACCCUAUGUGCCUUCCUUUGUGAGGUCCAAGAUAUUAUUCCAGUGCAGUUGCUUGCUGUUGCAGAGACUCAAUCAGAACUUGCCGACUCUGAGGCAGUCCGGGAGCAGCUUGGCCAAGGGGAGGAACUGGCCCAUGAAAUUGAUGCCCGUUUCAGCUCUGUAAUCUGUGGACCUGGUGGGGUGGUGGGAGGCUUGCAUCGGAUAGACCACUUUCAGCCAUUCUUUAAGGAGGUAGUGGAGAAGAAAACCAUUGUAGAGGCAACAUACAUGUAUGACAACGUUGCAGACAAUGUCACCAAUGAAAAUAUUUCUUCACCUAGAUGUGGCUCCCCAAGCAUCACAUUGCUGGACUCAGAGGAUGAUAUUGAGCCUUCUCCACCUUAUCCCACUCUAAGGGAAGAUGGCACUUUAGUUCAUAGUGUAGGUUUCAAGGUCCCAGAUAUGGAGGGUGAUGCCUUCUCACUGAUCUCUGAAAUCACAACCUUUGAAAACAAGCUUAACAAUAAAGUCCCACCUCAGGUGCGACCAAAACCCAAUGUCACCUUUGACAUUCCCAAACCCUCAAACAUCAGUUCAUACAUGGACCUGAGUCUACAUGGACCUAACAGGCGCUCAUUACCAUCAGUCACCUGGCCACCAGCAACUGAAGGUGGUUAUGAUCCAUCUGACUAUGCUGAGCCCAUGGAUGCAGUAUCAAAGCCCCGACCCACAGAGGAGGAAAAUAUUUAUUCUGUACCACAUGACAGUACACAGGGCAAGAUCAUCACUAUUCGCAAUGCAAACAAGAGCCAUUCUAAUGGUGCAGGAAAUGGAUCAGACAGUGAGGCUGAUAGCAGUUCAUUGGAACGUAGACGGAAACUAUCUGCUCUUGGAGUUAAACCUCGGCUGUAUCGUGAUCGCUCCAAACGUCUUGGAAAGUUCAGCAGCUACCGCACAAGCUUUAUUGGCAGUGAUGAUGAACUUGGAGGUCUCCCCAAGACUAAAGAGGAUGAGCUUGCUGCACAGAAAGGGGACAGUUCCUUGAAUGAAGAAGGCGAGGACCCAAAGAGGAGGAAUAUCUUGAGAAGUCUGCGAAGAAAUACCAAGAAAACACGGCCAAAGGCCCAGUCAUCGUUGUCCAAACCUCUGGAAAGUAACUACUUCGGUGUUCCCUUGGCCAAUGUUGUCACGCUAGAGCGGCCCAUUCCACUCUUCAUCGAAAAGUGUAUCCGUUACAUUGAGACUACAGGGUUGAGCACAGAGGGGAUCUACAGGGUGAGUGGAAAUAAGGCCGAGAUGGAAAGCAUGCAGCGGCAGUUUGACCAGGACCUUAACAUUGACCUGAUCGAGAAGGACAUGUCUGUGAACACGGUGGCAGGAGCGAUGAAGAGCUUCUUCUCAGAGCUGCCCGAUCCUCUGGUACCAUACAGCAUGCAGACGGAGCUGGUGGAGGCCUUCAAAAUCAAUGAUCGAGAGCAGCGCCUCCACACCAUGAAGGACGUGCUCCGCAGGUUCCCUCGAGAAAACUACGAGGUCUUCAAAUACGUCAUCACUCACCUGAACAAGGUGAGUCAAAACAGCCGUCUGAACCUGAUGACCAGCGAGAACCUGUCCAUCUGCUUCUGGCCCACGCUAAUGCGGCCCGAUUUCACCACCAUGGACGCGCUGACAGCCACACGCACCUAUCAGACAAUCAUCGAGACCUUUAUCCACCAGUGUGCUUUCUUCUUCUACAAUCAGCCCUUGGCCGACACACCCAGUGGCCUGUCCGGACAGCCCGCCUCACCCACCACAACCUUGUCUUCUGCCUCCUCCGUACAAGGCUCUGCCUACUCCGCCUGUUACGCCCCCUUACAACCUGUAGCCCCGCCCUUCAGCCCCGCCCACCAAUCCCCGCCCCAUUCUCCACCCCCGACCCCUCAAUCCCCAAUCCAGAGCCUGCUGCCUUCGCUCCACCCCCAUCACACCCCUACGGAACAACACACGCUGUGAAGCUGUACAACUUUGAAAGAGAUUAAUCUUCCGAGGAGAUUGCACGUGCCUGACUUACCACAAGCAGAACGAGAAAGAAAGAGGUCAAGAAUACAUGAGCUACGUCAGCUACACUUCAUCGCCCUCUUUCUGCAUCAUGCCUCUCUCUAAAUUUCUCAGUUCUUGGCCCUGUAUGCUCCUCACACACAUUUAGAGAACUGCACAUGAAGUGCUGUAACCCCAAACCCAGAUUUCUAAUAGGUCCAUCUGGUUGCUGGUUAUCUUCGUCAAUUGGCGACCAAUGGGAGAUAGGAUGUUUGUAUUCGGGUGGCCACUAUAGGCACCAUCCUACAAGUAAGGAUAAGCGGGCCAACAGGGUGGCCUACGUAUUUACCAGAUUUUUGUUGUAACUUUCGACCACUGUUAGAAACUACGAAAAAUAAAUUCUUUUUUGCGACGCAGCAACACGACCGUAUUCCUCCCCCUUAUUUAUCCUCUAACCGCUUUUAAAGAGAGACCGAAAUCAAAAGACAAAACUAGAACUUGUCGAACUGGAUCUGGUUUCGCUGGCAAGGAUGUGUGUGGCACAGCAUUCUGGGAUUUGAAGUCUUUUCCUCCCCGUCACGUGAGCCUCCAGAACAUGCUGGAAGACUAAUGCUUCUUUUAUUGUAGAAUGUCCUCACAACCACACAACCUUCGCUUUCCUGCUCCGCGAGGAUCUUCGGCUUUGUUCGGUGUCUGUUCAUUUGGGAGCUGUGUUAUUAUUCUUUUUACACGUUUGCAGGAAGGUUCCUCGCGUUAGAUCUGUGGACUGCUUCUUGCACUCAUUGGUGAACCAGUAUGAGUUCUAAGGGAUGGGUUAGGUUGUGGUCCUGUGUUUUAGAGGAGAGGUAUGCACUAAAUUGAGAGUUACCUCACAGUUCUGGAAGGUAAAGGAAGUUUGCACUAGAGGAGACGCUGUGCUGUACCUAUCGAUGACAAGCCUAGUGAAGGAUGAGAGUAAAGAUGGCUCUAAUGGCAUUCGGAAAAGAUAGUCUUGGAAACAGCAUGUGGUGCGUUAUCAGAGUGAGAAUAUGAGCUUUUUGUCAAGACUGACUAAGUGUCUCUACUUCGGAGUUGACCUCAGAAGGAUGACAUUGUUUAUAAAAUGACAGACGUUUUUAGGAGAAGAAAACCUGGGGUUAGAAACGAGAAAGUUAACGCGGUAGCUUGCGAGUAGGCUUCCGUUGGUGGGCUCUCGGAGCGCAACACUACCACCCAGCGUCCAAAGCAGGUAUUGCAUGUUAAAAGUCAGCUCGUAUUCACGCAAUAAUGAUAAAUUUGGGUUUUUCUAGAAAUUGCUGGAUGCGUUCACAAUCACAUGGUUUAAAAAAAAAAUACAAACUUGCCUUUUAAGUUCAUAUCAAUAUUCCCCAGCACUUAUAAAUUGACUUACUCCAGAUUAGAUUAAGGAUCGUUUUCUGUCUCUUGUUCUGUUUGAACUCAGAAGAGUUGGUUUGUUUGCGAGCCGUGGUUUUCAAACGGGCAGAUGCUGUGAAACUGUAGAAACAAUCGCAUUUAUGGAGAAAAAUGAAUGUAUCCCACAGCAGAUUGGACUUCAGUUUUGUGCAUAUCUCUCGCUGUAAUACAUUAAGUGAACCACGCCUGCCCCGUCCCUCUUUAACUUAAAACUACUCUGACUUCUGAUUGGCUGUGAUGAGCUGCAACUCUUUAACCGUUCUUGCUUAAACACUAUGUCUUUUGCCCUCAGAGAGCAGGAGUAAUGGUAUAUUUUGGGAAAUCGGGAGCUGUGUGGCCUAUACGCCCCUGGUACUUUGUAUGAAUGCUGCAUUCUCUGUGUAUUUUCAAUGUAUUCUUUCAGAGCCGACUGUCCUUCGCAGCCAAAGACUGUGCAGAAAAAAAAAAAAAAAAAAAAAAGUAGUAAAAAAGGGCAGUGGAAUACGACUAAAAGCAACAUGACAAACAUGUAUUAAAAAUGUGACAUUGUUUCAGCAAUUCAAUUUGGCUGCAUCACUUUAUUAUUUUUUUUUGUUUCGUUUUCUUUUUUCAACAAUGGUGACAGAUUGUCUGUUAAGUUAAAGGAGGCAGGAGCAAAACUAUAUUCAGAAUGGUUGUUUAUUUGUACGUUAGGGGGUCCGACACUUUGCCCUGUAGUCAAUGGUGAUAGAAAAGGUGUUCUUUUUAUGUUUUAUUUUAAUAAUUAAAAAAAAAUGAGACAAAGCAUUUUUAACAGUCUUUUUUUUUUGUGAAUGGUGUAAAGGCCACAAUGAUGUAGUGCAUGAUUCAAGACCAGGUCAGGGAGAGGGGUCUGCCACUCUCAGUAUUAAAAAAAAAAAAAAAAAAAGGAAGAAUAAUAUGAAAAAAUAGAAUGGGGGAAAAAAAAAACAGAUAUAAAUGAAGUUACAUCAACAAAAAUACACGUCAUUAUUUGCCAAGAAGUUGGUAAUUAGUCUCAAUGGGAAUGGUGUAUAAACAGUAAGGCCUUCUGUGACCUGUAUUAUAGUUAAUAAAAUCAAUCUUGUAAAA